AUGGAGUCGAAGAAGAACCUGUACGAUGAGUUCGGAAAUUACAUAGGGGAAGACAUCGACAGCGAUGGAGACUACUCAGAUGGGGAGGAGGAGGAGGACGUAAGUGACGGAGUGGACCAGGAGGCAGAUUCCGAUUUGGAUGGAAAUAGCGAUGCAGAUAGUGACGAACGUAGCGAUGAGGAUAGCGAUGCGGGGAGGGGAAAAGCAAAAGAAAGAAGAAGGAAAAAAAAAAGGGGGAAAAACGAAACUGGUAGUGAUGACAGCGAAGGUAGUCAUGCCGAAAGUGAGGAAGAAAGUGACGAAGGAGAGGGAAAGCGCCUUGGGGAUAAUAUGGAUGAACUGCAGAGAGCGUACGAAGGGGUGGAAGUGUUCGUAGAACAGGAAGAUACACAAGACAUAGAAGAAGCAACAAUCAAUAAAAUAAACACAAACGUAGAACGAAUCAGCUUUAUUAAGAAGCUGGACGUAGAGGCGAACAGGAAGAACUUCGACUUGAUCGAAACGAGUCUCCCCAACAACACAUUCAGUUUUAAAUACAUGUCCCAAUUGAUGAACCAAACGCAGUUUAUAAAAAAUAUUUGUAUAGCGGGGCACUUUCAUCAUGGGAAGACGACCCUCAUAGAUAGGAUAAUCGAAUUUACUCGAGAGAAAAAGGAAAACAAAACGAAAUUAACAUAUGGAAAUGGAACAGCAAGCGGGGGGAACCCGAACAGCGGCACAGUAAGCUUCUUUAACGUGAAUACAGAAAUGGAGGGAGUACUAAUAAGAAAAAAUAAUCCUGGAAAGAAUAAUUCCUCCAUGAUGACUCCUUUUAAUACGAAAAAAAUAGACCACCUAAUAAACUACACAGAUACAAGGCUAGACGAACAAGCAAGAGGAUUGUCCAUCAAGGCAAUUCCCAUAUCCCUCAUUCUGCAGAAUAAAAUGUAUGAAAAUAUUCCUAGUAAUAUUUUACUAAAUAAAAAAAAAAAUAAUUUAAAGUAUAAAUCGUACCUUUUUAACAUUAUGGAUACACCAGGACAUGUAAAUUUCUUCGAUGAGUUUCUCUGUGCAGUGAAUAUCUGUGAAUGUUGCUGCUUGGUGGUGGAUGUGACAGAUGGGUGCAUGUAUGUGACGGAAAAUGUGAUUAAGACGUGCAUUUACGAGAAUGUGAAGAUCGUAUUAAUCCUUAACUGCAUAGAUAAGCUAAUAAUGGACUUACGUUUACCCCCGAAUGAUGCAUACCACAAGAUUAACUACACUAUUGAGGAGAUUAACAAGAAAAUAGAAUCCUUCUGCGAUAUGUUAAAUAAGAGUGUAAAGGAGAAGAAGAAAUUUCUUCUAUCUCCCCUGAAGAACAAUGUCCUGUUCGCUUCCAGCAUUUAUGGCGUUUUUUUUACCCUCAAAUCGUUCAGUAAAAUUUAUUGUAAUUUAUACAACGCGUACAAUAUCGAUAUUGAUGAAUUCGCACAACACCUCUGGGGAGACAUUUAUUUCAACGAGAAGGACUUCUCUUUCGUUUCCUCUCCACUGUAUUCAAAUCAGAGGAGGUCAUUUGUGGAAUUUAUCUUAAACCCAAUUUAUAAAAUUUUCGGAUAUGUUUGCUCAGAAGAAAAAGAAUUCCUCAUUCCUUUUUUAAAAAAUUUUAACAUUACUUUAAAAAAAAAUGACUACCUUUUUAACAACAAAUAUCUUCUCAAAAAAAUAAAUGGGAUGAUAUUUGAAGAUACGACUGCGUUCGUCGAUGUCAUUUUGGACAAUUGCCCCUCCCCAGUGGAAAAUGCGAAACAGAAGACCAGGCAAAUUUACUCAGGUUCGCUGAAAACGAAGUUAUGUUACGACAUGAUGAGAUGCCUCAAGGGGGACAAAACGGAUAAUUUGAUGAUUUACAUAAUUAAGAAUUACCACCGACCGGAGUGCAUCAUUUUGGACCUCUUCGGUAGGGUCAUGUGUGGCACCAUCAGGAAGGGACAAACUGUGCGUAUCUUGGGGGAGGGUUACAGCCCUAGUGAUGACGAAGAUAUGAUAACAAGAGUGGUUACUCAUUUGUGGAUUUACGAGGGAAGAUAUCGGGUUGAGGUCGAUGAGGUCCCUGCAGGCAAUUUCGUUCUCAUUGGAGGUGUUGACAUUUGCAUAAACAAAACGUGCACCAUAACGAAUGUGAAGAAGAAAAAAAAUGGACCCGCAAAAGGGCUGAAGAAGGAUCAGCUGAGCGGAACCAAAGUAACGGGAAUUUUACCCACUUCAAAACCUGGAAACAGUUUGAAAAAGGAAGAAAGAACAAUCCUUCUCGAUGAGGAGGAAGAAACGGAGAUAUUCUACCCCUUACAUAGAAAAUUCAAGUAUAUAAAUUGUGCCAACUCCGUUUUUAAAGUUGCUUGUGAACCUAUUAACCCAUCGGAACUUCCCAAAAUGUUGGAAGGACUCAGAAAAAUUGAUAAAACCUAUCCUUUGUCGAGUACCAAAGUGGAGGAGUCCGGUGAACACAUCAUCCUGGGGACAGGGGAACUAUACUUGGACUGCAUUCUGCACGACUUGAGGAAGCUUUAUGGAGAUUUGGAAAUUAAGGUGUCCGACCCUGUGGUGCAGUUUAACGAAACGGUUAUCGAAACGUCCGCUCUGAACUGCUUUGCGGAGACACCAAAUAAGAAGAACAAAAUUCAUAUGAUUGUGGAACCGAUGCAGAAGGAGCUGACGGAUGACAUUGUGCAGGGGCUGGUCCACCUGAACAAGGGCGAACGAGACGCCAACGUGGAGGAGUACUUACGCACCGUUGACCGGCUUCUGCUGGAGGAGGGAGAGGCGCAAAAUGCAGGGUCAUCGGAACAGGCGGUAGACGAAUCGGACAAAUCGGACGAGCCGAACGAAUCGGACGCAUCCGACGAAUCCAACGAAGUGGAUCUAAACGGAGCAAACGAAGGAGAACCCCCCACGGAGCAGCGCACACACACACUGAAUUACAACCUAGACAAGAACGUUAUCUCCCUCCUCAGGGAUAAGCACAACUGGGAUAUGCUGUCCAUAAGAUCCAUUUGGGCCUUCGGUCCGGAAAACAACAGCCCAAACGUCCUAGUGGACGACACCUUAUAUAAAGAAACGAAUAAAGAAAACCUGUACUCCAUUAAGGAAAAUAUCAUUCAAGGAUUUUGUUGGGCCACGAAGGAGGGACCUCUAAUCGAAGAGUGCAUGAAAAAUGUGAAGGUAAAAAUUUUAAAAGGUGAAAUAGAUGAUGACCCAAUAAAUAGAGGAGCUGGACAAAUUAUACCAACAACGAGGAGAGCUAUAUAUUCGUCCUUUUUACUGGCUACCCCGAGGUUAAUGGAACCCAUUUUGUUCACAGAAAUUAUUUGCUCAGGUGAUUCUGUUUCAUCUGUUUAUAAUGUGUUGUCUAGAAGAAGAGGACAUGUAUUGAAAGAUUUCCCCAAAGUGGGAACCCCCCUGUAUAUGGUUCACGCGUACUUACCAGCAAUUGAGUCCUUUGGGUUCGAAACUGAUUUAAGGACACACACAAGUGGACAGGCAUUUUGCUUGAGUAUGUUUGACCAUUGGCAUAUUGUCCCAGGGGAUCCCCUAGACAAGUCAGUCAUACUGAGACCCCUGGAGCCGGCGCCCAUUCAGCAUCUGGCCCGGGAAUUUUUGCUAAAAACGAGGAGGAGGAAAGGGUUAACCGAGGAUGUUACGAUUAACAGGUUCUUCGAUGACCCGAUGCUGCUAAACAUAAAGGACGAAUUCGCGGAAUAUUUCUGA